UAGAUGUGAAAGAUACAAAAUCAGUGUUUUGUGCAUUGAUGCUUCUUGGCCUUAAAAAAAUGGCCAGACGAUCCAUAAUUUUUAUUAUUAUAUGGGUACAUUUUUCCUGCACUUUACCAAAAAAGGUUACAAAAUGUGAUGAUAAUACAACAGAGACAGCUAGUGGCACAGCAUAUUGGAAAUUUCGGGGCGUUCGUUACACAACUUCUGAAGACAUUCUAUGUUGGAAGGACCAUUGGGAACUCUUUUUACGCGAGUGUAACACAACUACCGGCCAGUGGCUGCCAGAAAAGGUUGUAUGCAAACCAGAAGAGAGGAUUAAUAAAUAUUGCCCGGAGGACUUAGUCGAAAUUUAUGAUGACAAAGGUGAUCCGCUAUGUUUUAAAAUUUCAUCAAAACCACAGAAGUAUGAUGACAAUUUUUGCCAUGGCUCUAAUAAAAUUUUACCAUUAGAUAUUUCUAAACAUCAGAUUGUAAGUUUCACACAGUUCUUGUAUGAAAAAAACGUUAGUGAAUAUUGGUUACCAAUACAACGUGAAAAUAGUUAUAUGCCAUAUAAAAUACGUUUGCCAGGUGACCGUUGGGGACAAAUUGUCAACGACAAUAUUAACCUAACAGAUUUAAGAUCUGAUAAAAAAUGUAUGUCAGUACGAUAUUACCAUCGCCUACAACAAAAAAAUGAUAAGAAAGAGAGUUCUGAUUUUAUCAUAAAUAUUACUGAUUGUGAAGACUUGUUGCACUCGAUUUGUAUAUAUCAAGAUAACCUAAUAGCCAGAUCAGGCUGUCCCGAAGGAGAAGGCGCGCUUACUUAUCGUCCACAUGAAUGCUAUGGUGUCAACUGGCAAAAAAUAUUAUCUACAGAACAAAAUUCGAUUCGCAUAAAAGAAUAUUUUUCAAAACGCAAUAGCUUAAGAAUGUUACUUAGCGAAUUCCUACCAAGGGAAAAAAAAAACGAAUUCUUUCAAGUUGACAAUUUUGUGGACAAAUUUGGCGACGAAUACGUGAUUCUCAUGAACAGAAAUGAAGUAGUGCAAGUUGUUAGUCAUGCAAAUAACAAAAGAUUACCGAUUUUAUACAAAAAUACUAUCGACAGACUAGAAAACCCCGUUGAACUGAUAUUGAAAGUCGACAUAACAUUACAAGCGUUAAUUCUGAUAGUUUACAAUGGGGACUAUAUUUGGCGUAUUAAUAAAAAUGACAAUGGUGUGCAAUGUUUUACAAACGCAGAUUAUGAUCUUCAAAGAAGCACUAAAAUUGAUCUUAUUUGGGAAAAUAAAAGCAAGACCAAGUCAAUCUUUAAAUUGAAACUACUUGGCGACGGACCAGGCGAAUAUUGGUGUGAAGGACACACUAUCUUCGAUUUUAAUUUUGUGACCACCCAACGGGUAGUGGCAACAAAAGAACAACGUGGACAUUCCUUUGCUAUGAAAAUAAAUAUCCCAUGCAUUAUAGAAACUAAAAAUGAAUACACUAACAUGUGCAACAAUAUUUAUAAAAACAUAAAAAAGCUUGGAAAGCAUGUACUGAAGGUGCUACGAGAAAGAAGUAGCGAGGUGUCUCGAGACUUGAAUCUACAUAAUUCACGUAUUAUGGAUAUAGAAGAAAUUGCUACACAAAAUAUAAAUUGUUGGGUUCACUUGACUGCUUCCCUAAAAAACUCUGCAGUUGAUAAUAGUGAAGAGGAAAGUAGCCAGGAAGAUAAUAGCUUGGAAAACGAUAAUAAUGUUAGACACGACACUUCAGUUCGUAUGCAAGUUUGGACUUUAUUAAAAGAGCUUUUAUCACUUUACAGCCCAAAUAAUUCGAUUGUAAUACGUAGCUCAGAAUAUUGUUUUCCAAUUCAAUUUAAUUUGAAUAAUGACACAUACCAGUGGAAGCAGGCGGUGAUUGGGCAAGUGGGCACAUUAUCACGAUUGUGUCUUCAAACUAAUGGCAUGCCAUAUACACGCCAUUGUCUUGGCAAUUUUACGCAUGGUGCUUAUUGGGAAACAUUGAAGGGAAACAUAUCAUGCCAACUUAACGAAUACAAAUUGAAAAUAACAAAAACUCUUUACAGCUUAACUAACUCGAAAAUGCUUAAAGCUACACCAGCAAGGGUGGUUAAAAAAGUUAAAGAUAUUUUGCAAGAAUAUGCUGGACAAGUUUUACCUGUGGAUAUACAUUUUACUGCUGACAUUGUGCAAGCUUCUGUAAAAAGUUUGGAUCAGUUUGUUUUGAGUUUGCCAAAAAAAGCGAUGGGUGCGGAACUUGUUCAUGCUGACGCAGUAUUGAAAGACAUCACCCGAGAUCUUAUAUAUAUUUACAAUUAUCUGAUAAAUGUGAAAGAAACCACAAUACGGAUGUCAGCUGAAUUAAACUCAACCAACAAACUUCUGGAGGCAUUUGAAAUCGCAAUGAAUACUUUUUCAUCACAGACAAUAUUUAAUAAAGAUAAUGUAAGCGGAUCUAUUGGAAAUUCUAAUGAAUUAGAACCGAGAGCCGAUUUUGAAGUGUUGGACUAUGAGGAUAUUGGAGUUUCCGUAAAAAUAUCACCCAAUUUACUCUAUUUUAUUAUUAACCCGUUGAUAGCUAAUAUUUCUGGAAUAGCAAUAUUUAAAAAUGAUAAUAAUACAACGGAACUACCAUAUUUACUAAAUGGUGCAUUUAAAAAUGAGCACUACCGAUUCCUGCAGUCGAAUCAUGAAAUUGAGGACUUCAUUUACGAACCUAACUUACAAUUAGCCACAUAUGUUCCAGAAAAACUCUUGGGACAAUUGGAUGCAAAUUUAAAUACCCUUAAUGUUACCGAGGUAACAAAUAGUAUUGUGAUUAUUAAAGUCUACUCAAAUGACAAACUUUUUCAAUCACAAGCCAAUCAUAUCUCACAAAGUGCUUUGGGUCGUGUCGUUUCAAUAUCCUUACCGGGUCACAGUACGCAUUUACCUGAAGAAUUGCCACUUGCUUUUAGACUUUUUCAAAGUGAUUCAUCAAAACACAAUAAAACCAAAAAUAUGUGUGGAUAUUGGAAUUUUGAAAAGUGGGCCUCAGAUGGGAUUCAGGUCUCCAGUCUCUCCGAAAUGUACGAAGAUAUUGUGUUAUGUCAAGUAAGCCAUCUAACGCCAUUCGCUUACCUAGUAGGCUUUAAUUUUACUGUGGAAGAAGACAUUGAAGUAAAUAUCCAGCAAAUUCAUGACCAGGCUCUUGACAUUAUAACGGUAAUAGGCUGUACAUUAUCACUUCUCGGUAUAUCUGGCAUAUUUAUAACUGCAGCAAUAUUUAAUUCUUGGCGCCAGAAACCGUCUUCCAAGGUACUACUACAACUUUCAGCUGCAAUAGCUUUGCAGAUGAUAAUUCUUUGCUUUGUUAAUACAGAGGAAUAUUCACUACAUUUAAUUAUAAAUAAAAUUAUACCUAGUUGUGUAGCAAUUGGCGCUCUUCUUCACUACUCUGUCCUGGUUCAGUUUUUCUGGAUGAUGGUGAUUGCAUACUUGCAAUUCAAGCGAUAUGUGCAUGUAUUUGGAGGAACUCGGCCGAACAGGUUCUUUAUAAAAUCGACCGCUCUAUGUUGGGGUGUACCAGUUAUACCAGUUGUGCUUGUUAUUCUGCUAGAUUCUGAUUCGUUUAGUCAAGGGGCCAUUUGCUACCCUUCCGGUUAUGCGCUUUACUUCGGCAUAAUUAUGCCAAUUUCCAUCAUCAUAAUAGCAAACUUUAUUAUCUUUUGUCUUAUUAUAUAUAAUAUAUUAGGAAGGUCCAGCACACCAAUAAGGCAUACUGAUAAACCCGUUUUAAUCUAUCAGAUAAGGUUAUCAGUACUGCUCUUCUUUUUAUUGGGAUUUACAUGGUUUUUCGGUUUUUUAUCAACAAUAAAAGUUGGUAUUGUAUUUUCAUAUCUUUUCUGUCUCACAGCAACUCUGCAAGGGUUUGUUAUCUUUAUAUAUUUUAUUAUCUUAGAUCCUGUUACGAGACGUAUGUGGCGAAAAUUUUUUUACGAGCUUUGUUCUAAUAAGAGUUAUCUUCAAAGUACAGGUACUAUUAAAGACACAACGCAAUCAUAUUAAAUAAUAUAAUACUUAAGUUGUCAUUGAUUUAUUCGUUAAAAACACUUGUACUAGGUUAAUUAUAUUACAAGUAUGUAUAGUAUUUAAUAUUCUAAUAAACAAUUAUUGCACGAAAUA